AUGUCCUUGCCUGGCCUGAACCAUUCUGAACUGGAAUGGACCCCUAUCAUAGCUUGGGAUCCUGGAGUCUCUGGAGUCACGGAAGAACUGAGCACAGGCAGUGCAAAUUCAAGUUCUCAAGACGCCACUUAUGACUGGUUCUUGAGGAGCCGCUACUGGCACUUGGAACUGUUCCUGAUCUCUGCAGCUGUCUUGUUCCUGGUCAGCCUCUUAGCCAACCCGCUCAUACUCAUCUGCAUAGUCUCCAGCAGGAAACUCAGACAAGAAUCCCGCUACUUGCUACUGGCAAACACCCUGUUAUCGGACAUCAUCUUCUCAAUCUUAAACCUGGUGGUUUCAAUCUGCAACAUGCAAGGCUGGCCGCUACACAGGCUGUUCUGUGUCAUCCUCAUGGUUAUCAUUGUUACAUCUUACUCCAGCAGCAUCAUAACUAUCACGCUGAUGGUUUUUGACACUUACCUGGCAGUCCACUGGCCGCUGCAUUACGAAAACAUUGUGCCAUCUUCCAGAACCAAAAAGAUAUUGCCCGCCAUUUGGGUAUUGACAUCCCUAUACCCAGUUACCAUUAUGAUCAUAAUGGAAAUGCUUGACAACCAACCUCUUAAACAGCAGAAGGUUUGUCUCAUGUUAUUGAUUCUGGGCUCUGGGCCAUUAGGUAAUGAAAUGAUAAUUGGUGUCCACGUGUACUUCACUUUAGGUGCCCUACUGUGUUCGUCUGUGGUUGUGUUUUGUUUAAUACGCUUGUACUGGACCACCAAGACAUCUGGUCUUUGGCAGAGUCCAUACUCGCGGGCUAAAGUGACUUUAAUUAUUCACACUGUGAUGCUUCUCCUUUACUUUGGUCCUGGUUUGGUUUUUGCCAUCGAGAUCAUUUUGCUUCAGAAGGAUACUGUGAGCUUGGACGUCAAGGUGUGGACGCAUUCUGCAAACAGCAACUUUCUGAUGAUGCUUCCGAGAGCUUUUUUUCCUUACCUGUAUGGACUGAGGUACAGGGAAAUAUUAAACACUCUCAAAAGGCUAUUUAGGAGAAGGACAAUCAGUCAACUGGAUGUACUGACUUCGGUACCUUGUUGUCUUUCAGUUACAUAA